AUGAGUCUUGUUAGGAGAUUGUUCACUCCGGAAGUAAGAUUGAAAGAUCCAGUGGUUGGAAAAGCCGCCGCGUCUAUGUUGCCUUCUUUUAGUCUCGUCGUUUCUCCUCUGAUAAGGUCAGUGCAAGAGCUGAGUGGACAGUCGUGUAAAAUCUGCAGAGACGAGGUGGAAUUGACAGUCGAUGGAGAACCAUUUGUGGCCUGUAACGAAUGUGCAUUCCCUGUGUGUAGACCUUGCUAUGAGUACGAAAGACGAGAAGGCAAUCAAGCUUGUCCUCAAUGCAAAACCCGUUACAAACGGCUUAAAGGAAGUCCAAGGGUUGAAAAUGAUGAAGAGGAAGAUGACAUUGAUGAUUUAGACAAUGAGUUUGAGUACGGUAACAAUGGGAUUGGAUUUGAUCAGAUGUCUGAAAAUACGUCCAUCUCUCGUCGCAACUCCGGCUUCCCACAAUCUGAUUUGGAUUCUGCUCCACCUGGCUCUCAGAUUCCAUUGCUCACUUAUGGCGACGAGGACAUUGAGAUAUCUUCUGAUAGACAUGCUCUUAUUGUUCCUCCUUCCCUUGGUGGUCAUGGCAAUAAAGUUCACCCAGUUUCUCUCAAUGACCCAACCAUUGCUGCACAUCCAAGACCAAUGGUACCUCAGAAGGAUCUUGCGGUUUACGGUUAUGGAAGUGUGGCUUGGAAAGAUCGGAUGGAGGAAUGGAAAAGAAAGCAGAAUGAGAAGCUUCAGGUGGUUAAACAUGAAGGAGAUCCUGAUUUUGAAGAUGGCGAUGAUGCCGAUUUCCCUAUGAUGGAUGAAGGAAGGCAGCCACUGUCAAGGAAGAUACCAAUCAAAUCAAGCAAGAUAAAUCCAUACAGGAUGUUGAUCAUUCUACGUCUUGUGAUUCUUGGUCUCUUCUUCCACUACCGUAUUCUCCACCCUGUCAAAGAUGCCUAUGCAUUGUGGCUUAUAUCCGUCAUAUGUGAGAUUUGGUUUGCUGUCUCAUGGGUUCUUGAUCAGUUCCCUAAGUGGUACCCUAUCGAGCGAGAAACAUACUUGGACCGACUCUCAUUAAGAUAUGAGAAAGAAGGGAAGCCAUCGGAGCUAUCCGCUGUGGAUGUAGCCGUUGGUCGAGCAGGAGACAAUAUUGCUCUAAAGCGGGGGAGUGAAGAGGCACAAGGUGAUGGGAUUCGUCGGAAUUCAGACCGGAUUCGCGUCAGGUGGCCGGAGAUGAGCGCUUACAAACACGUGGAUGCCGUCCGAUUCAGAAGGGCUUCCAGGGAUUGGCCAUCAGGUUUAUUAUAG